AUGCACCGAGUACUCAACACUAGCAGAGAAGAAGUAUGGGGAGCAGGUAUUGUUGAGUGUUUUAGUUAUCUCAGUGUUUCUCUGGCCACAUGUGGACUUCUCCUUACCAUGCUGGGUCUCUUCGUUCUAUACAUCAUGUCGGCACACAAGUAUGAGAACGAGUUCUCUAUAGCCGAGGGUGUGAUACAACCUCGCAUCGCUUUGGACUACGCCUCACUCAACCCUUGGAUCAAGCUCACUGCAAGAUUUACGCGAACUUGUUACUCUACCUGGCAUCGAUGCGUGACUUCCAUCAUCCCUUGCUUCAGGGACACCACCUUAGCGCCCGCCGAACCGACACACCAACGUCUCGAACCCCAUAACGCCUUGAACCACGAACUCGUUGGUCAGAACGCCAGCCUAUCGAGUGGCGCACGUGAAGCGACAUCAGACUACUCCAGACGAGGUCAGUCGGACGAAACGGAAGUCAGCAGAGAUUCAGAUCAUGGUGUCAAUCCCGGCCUCGGCGGACCCAGUAAUGAGUGGCAACAAAACGAUGGGAACGAUAAUGAUGAAGGCACAGAAUUACAAAGCCUGGAUUACGACAGUACGGAAACUGAAGAGCCCGACAUCGAAGCGGCAGAACUUUUCCUUCACAUCAUCAUACCCGCCGGCCUAGCGAACAAGAAGCAAGUUCCAUUACAAGUAACCCAGUACGAAACCGACUACGACCUAGCCUACCUAUUGAACCGCGUCUACCGCGAGCGACGCCCCUACUGGCGUGCGAUCUUCAUGGUCAACUCUGUCCGACCCGUAAAGUAUGAGCUUUACAACAAAACCAACGUCCGCAUCAUCGACACCGGCAAUCCGGUGGAUACCAUGCCCGACAUAUUCAACCGACCGGAAGAGUACGUUUUCAGCUACUGGCCCCCAAUGCCCCUCCCUGAACCCCCUCUUCUGCACUCUGCGCAACUCACCUCGCUUUACUGGGAUCCGGGUAGCUCGGUACAUGAAGAAUCUUUGGGAACGGUACACGAAAGACAAUGCUUUGCGCGCUCACCCAAACGCAAAGGUCGCCUGAGGUUCAUGCCUAACAAAGGUUAUCCUACGGGCUUUGGCUUUGAGAUUGUGGAAAAGCUGAAUCUUAGAUUCAUACUGACAUGCGAAUCUUUGAUUGCCUUCAUCGCCCUUUUGUUGACGUUUCUGUAUUUGGGUCUCGGGAAAGGAGAACAAAAAUGGGGAGCGGCCCCCACCAUCGGGAGUUUUAUCUUCGCUGUUGGUCAAUUUCUGUUUGCCGUCAUCAUUGUAGUCAUAGAGAGGUGCGAACUUUGGGCGUAUUAG